CUGGGGCUGGUCAACCCGCAGAUGCAACGCUGCAGCUGCAUGGCCUACCCCAGUUCUUGGGUAGCUGGCUCCAUUUUGGUGAGGGGUUGUGAGUGUUGAUGCUUGCAAUGUAAGUGAGCACCUUGGAAUUUCCUUUCAGUAAACUCAUAGCGGUACAGGUAUUGUGCAAUUGCACAUCAUCACAGCACCUAGGUUGUCAUCUUAACAGUCAUCCAACUGGUCAAGAGCUUGGGCGGCUUCACAAGCUCCUCUCUUCUCGAUAUGCCUCCGUUUCCCGCGCUGCCCCCGCGGCCGUCACGCCGUCUCGACGGAAAAGUCGCCAUUGUCACCGGCGCGGGGAGCCUCGGGGACGGCCUCGGCAACGGACGUGCCAUAUCCCUGCUCCUCGCCGGCGACGGCGCCACGGUGCUCUGCGCGGAUCGGGACUUGGCUGCGGCAAAGCGCACAGUCGAGAUGAUUGUCCAAGAGGGAGGCACAGCAGCUUCACUAUGCGCGGACGUGAGCACAGAGGGGGAUUGUGAGAAGCUAGUUCGGACGGCGGGAGGCUUGUUUGGGAGGCUGGAUAUUCUAGUUAACAAUGUGGGCAUCAUGGGCGCAACGGGAACGGCUGUAGAGGCGAAUGCUGAGGAGUGGGCCAAGGGCUUGAGCAUCAAUGUGACGGGGAUGAUGCUCAUGGCCAAAUAUGCGAUUCCGUUGAUGCUCAAGAACGAGCCUGGGUAUGGAGGCAUCAGAGGCAACAUUGUCAACAUGGGGUCUAUAGCAGGCCUGCAAGGAGGGACGCCGCAUCUGUUCUAUCCAACGAGCAAGGGUGCGGUAGUCAACAUGACACGAAGCAUGGCGUAUAAUCACGGACGAGAAGGGAUCCGGGUCAACUGUGUGUGUCCAGGAUUCCUUUAUACGCCCAUGGUCGCAGGUAAUGGCAUGUCAGAAGAGGUACGUGAGAUGCGCCGCAACCAAGGUUUGUUGAAUACAGAGGGCAAUGCUUGGGAUUGUGCAGCGGCGGUGAGGUUUCUGGCGAGUGAUGAGGCGAGAUGGAUUACAGGGACGACGAUUACGGUUGAUGCUGGGGCGACAUGCUCAUACAUCAUGCCUGAGUGAUGGUUAUGUGUCCAAUGUUGGAAAUAGAAACAGCAUUUAUAGAUCUGCCUCUGAAUUGAAAGAGAAGCAUACGUAUUUUUGUGUGUACUGGGUACCUAGUAGUAAAGAGAAUUAGAAUGAUCUAAUAAGUG